ACCAACAGCGGAUGAUUCUCGUCAUUUCUCGGCGAGACUCGGCGCUCGGCGGACGUGGCUCGGACGACGAGGCGACUGCUUUCCUUCCCAACCCGACCCGUCACCGACCCUGCGUGUAAAUGUUCACAGACAAGAUGAUGAUGUCCCCGUGGGACCGCUGGUACUCCACAAGCUGCUGCCUGUGCUGCCAUGUCCGCACAGGAACCAUCAUCCUGGGGGUCUGGUAUAUGCUCAUCAAUGCCGUGGUGUUGCUCAUCCUGCUCACGGCCCUCAGUGAUCCAGAAAAGUAUCAUCUGACCAGUGCCGAGUUGGCCAAUGACCUGGAUGUCAUGGAUGAUGCCAGUAAGUAUCCUAAAAACAAAGUUAUAAGUAGAACUUCACAGUUUGUUUUCCACCCAACACGCUACUAUGCACUACCUGAGAAACCGGAGCUCCCGGAGAAAACUUUAGUUUAA